UCAAACCCCCAUCCUCAUGGCUACUAGUCAGAUUCUUAACCCAUUGAGUCACAAUGGAAACUCCCCAUUUGGUGUCUUCUUAGGAGAGGUCAGUCCAGGAUGUCUGCCCCAUGCAGGGUGUAUACUGGGAGGACAUGGACCUUGUAAUGGUAAAUGCUGGAUUCAAGUCCUGCUUCUGCUGGAGAACGAAGUGAAGUUUUAUGCACACACACACAUAUGCAUAUACACACACAUCUAUGUGGUGUAAGGAUACACAAACAAGGACUUAAUAAUAGUUCAAAUAUAAGUGUACUUUUUGCCAGUUUAAUUAAAAUGACAAUAUGGAAAAAUAUAUCUUUCAGAACAUCAUGCAAUAUGGUCAUCCCUGUGGCUUAUAGUAUUGCGCUAUGCUAGAAGGCACAAUAGAGGAUAUUUAACUUAGAAAAAAAUUAUCUUUUCAGCAAUUAAAAUUUCAGCUAAAUUAAUAGUCAUGUUUUUAUAUUUACUUCUGAAUUUUGCAUUUAGUAAUGUAACUGGACUGCACAAGAAUUUAAAUGUCUUGACAGGAGAGAGUGGCUUUUCGUUCUCUUGGGAUUUCAUUGUAAUGAACCUGGUAAAUAAUUCAGGAAGAUAUGAGAGGCCAAUAUAUGGGCAACACCUGGUGCUAUAUUGUUCAUGUCUAAGCAUGCAGAAUCCAAAGAUGGCAUUCUACAUCUGUCACUAUUGUUCUGGCUUAAACACAAAUCCUAUGUUCAGUGGCCAUUGAAAUAAUAAUAAUUGAUAUUUUUUCCUCUUUCAAUUUUCCUCCACAAUAAAAGAAAACCGUACUAAGCUGUUUCAGAAACACAAAGAAGUGGCAUCCUCUUUUAAAUUCCCAUUGGCAAAAUUUCAAAUCUGUUUCCGUUAAGGGAUAGAUUGCUUUAAAGAAUUGAGGACGUGUCUGCCUUUUCUGCUGGGGUUAAUUUGAGCCUCUCCGCAUGUCUGCUUUUGUUCUACAAGGCAGAGCUUCUUUUUAGAUCACAGUAUUUGUAUUGCAAUCACCUUCUGAAAGAAAUAAUACCAUCCUCUAGCCACUCACUCACUCUGGGAAUUCCUAGAACCCUCAGUUUCUUUCCCUGUUACCUGAGUAGCCUACCACACUUCUAGUAAUUUAACAGUUUAAAAACAAAAAUCUCUCGGCAAAGGAUUUGCGUAUCCUUUUGUGACCUCAGCUGACUGGACACGGAGUUGUUCCUCUGUUUACUGGGCAAACAGAAGCUCACAGGACCAUCCGACAGAUGACGCAGGCAGACAUCUUGGGCACCUGACCCCACCACCACCCAAGAUCAGACAGAGCUUAAGCUCUGAGUUGUUCGGAAAGAUCUUGGAAAGGCAAGGAGGUUCCUUGUAGGGAGAAAAAGGAAGAUGUGCCUCACACAUCUGCAGGUUUUUGUAGUGCUGGGUCAUGAAAAGGAUCUGAAGAGGGACUUAGAGCCUUAUGUCUGCUAAUGGUUUAAUUGCUUUCCUCUCCUUUGGGACCUGCUUAAGAGUACUUGGAGCAGUGACUGCCAUCUGGUGGCAAGCCAGAAUCAUCACUUUAUGUGACCAAAUGGUCAGAGAUGCCCACUCUUGACUCACAAGGUCUGCAUUGAAAGCAGGGGACCAGGGGAGCUUGGAGGGUGUCUGAUGAAGGAGCCUAGUGAACUAACUCUUCGCUUCCACAUGAAUGGGUUGUUAAUCCCAGACUCGGAGCCAGGAGCCAGCUCCAAAAUGGCAUCUCUGAAGAAAAGAUUUGAGUUGCUCUUGUUUUUUAGUCAAAGAUCUGCUGGUUACCUACCAGCGAAUAACCAAGACUGUGAAUAAGCACAUACCAGGAGGGGCAUAUGAUGACAUGGAGCCUGAAAUAAACUGCUCUGAACUAUGUGACGGUUUUCCUGGUCAGGAGCUGGAGCGGAGACCCCUGCAUGAGCUCUGCAGGACAACAAUUACCUCUUCCCACCACAGCACUAAGACCAUUUCUUCAUUAUCUCCUGCCCUCUUGGGUAUUGUUUGGACUUUCCUCAGCUGUGGACUUCUUCUAAUAGCCUUUUUUCUUGGCUUCACAAUUCGCUGCAGGAAGAACAGGAUUGUGAAGAUGUCUAGUCCCAAUCUGAACAUUGUAACCUUACUGGGAAGUUGUCUGACUUACAGUAGUGCUUACCUCUUUGGGAUUCAAGAUAAAGGUUCUUUAGCGGGAAGCUCAAUGGAAACUCUCAUUCAGGUAAGGCUGUCCAUGCUGUGCAUUGGGACCUCCCUUGUAUUUGGGCCCAUCCUGGGGAAGAGCUGGCGACUCUACAAGGUGUUUACCCAGAGGGUUCCGGACAAGAGAGUGAUAAUCAAAGACCUGCAGCUAUUGGGGUUGGUGGCAGCCCUGGUGAUAGCUGAUGUUAUCCUGCUCAUGACGUGGGUGCUGACUGAUCCCAUCCAGUGCCUCCAGAUUCUCAGUGUCAGUAUGACGGUGACAGGGAGAGACGUGUCCUGCUCCCUCACCAGCACACACUUCUGUGCGUCCCAGUACUCCGAUGUCUGGAUUGCUCUCGCUUUGGGAUGCAAGGGCCUGCUGCUGCUGUACGGUGCCUACCUCGCUGGCCUGACUGACCACGUCAGCUCUCCCCCUGUGAAUCAGUCUUUAACCAUCAUGGUUGGGGUCAACCUCGUGGUGCUGGCUGCUGGGCUUCUCUUUGUGGUCACCAGAUACUUGCACUCCUGGCCCAACCUGGUCUUUGGACUCACGUCUGGAGGUAUCUUUGUUUGCACAACCACAGUCAACUGCUUCAUCUUCAUUCCCCAGCUGAAGCAGUGGAAGGCAUUUGAAGAGGAAAACCAAACAAUCAGACGAAUGGCCAAAUAUUUCAGCACUCCCAGCAAAAGCUUGCAUACCCAGUACGGUGAGGAACAGAAGUGCCACGUUAGAGGAGAGAAGAACUCCAUGGAGAGACUUCUCACAGAAAAAAAUGCUGUGAUUGAAAGCCUGCAAGAACAAGUAAAUAACGCCAAAGAGAAGCUGGUGAGGCUGAUGUCAGCUGAGUGUCCCUAUGACCCCCCAGAGGGGGCUGUCCCGCCUGCUGCGUCCCACAGCAAAGACGCCCUGGCUGCAGCCUCCCCCCCUGUCCUGGCAGCUCAAGGGCCUUCGGAAUGCCCCUCUGACUCUCAGAAUGAUACCAGAGCGGCCACCCGAGACUCCAGGAGUAUCUCAGUGCCCUCUUUGGGUGUACAAAGCUUCAGGGGGCCUGAGAAGGACACCAGCCCCUCUCCAGGGCAGAAGGAGAAAAUUUCUGGCUUGAAAGACUUUUCUGAUCAUUUAAGUUUGGGCUGCAGCCAGAAGCCCCGGGCAGAGCAAAGCCAGGGUGCAGAAAGAAAAGAGCAGGGACCCGUGACCCUCCACCAGAAUCGCAUGCCCUGUGGGGAAGGCUCUGUCUCUCAGAGACAGGGGCAGCUGGGAAACUCAGAGGAGCCCCAAGAGCCACUGGCAAGGGUCAAUGCGGUGAUCAGGGAGAAGCUUCAGGAAGUCCUACAAGACCUGGGCCUGAACCCUGAGGCUCCCCUUCCACCGUCUUGUCCCCAGCAGCUCUGGAAGGGCAGUGCUGCUCACAGCCCCCAGAAGAUGCCCCUUUCCAAGGAGCUGGGCCUUAGCCCAUACUUGGUGAGGAGAAGGCGGGCAGCACAGCGGGCUCGCGCACACUUUCCAGGCUCUGCACCUUCCUAUGUGGGGCAUCGAGUAAACAGGACCGUUUCUGGGACACACAGUGGGCUGAGUGUGCAGGACAGAGACAGCUCCUGCUUGAACCCCCAAACUGCUGAUUCCAGGGUACCAAGACCCUCUUCCGGGAAGCCUUUACUACUCCCAGAUCCUCCAGGCAAGCCAGGCUCCCAGGAGGGUAGCAAAAAGCGCCAGACAGAGCCCCCGGGAGCCGAAGGAAGCUGCCCAGCCUUUCCUCACCUGCCUUCUGGUUCUGGCCGGGCACUGUGUCCUGCCACCCCAGGCCUAUCCGGAGCUUCACCAGACCUGCCUGAGCAGCGGCAGUGGCAGUCUCCAGGGUCCCCAGGCUGCCUCUCCCUGUCUUCUCCAUGCAGCUACCUUGACACAGAAUCCAGCAGCUCAGAUGAAUUCUUCUGCCGCUGCCACCGGCCCUACUGUGAAAUCUGCUUCCAGAGCUCCUCUGAUUCCAGUGACAGUGGCUCGUCAGACAGUGACCCGGAGCCCACUGAGGGGCUGGCUUCCUGGGAAAAGCUGUGGACCCGCUCGAAGCCUAUCGUGAACUUCAAAGAUGACUUGAAACCGACACUGGUGUGAAUGGCAGAGCAAGUCUGGCCAUAGAUUUCUGUCCAGGACAAGCCAUACCAUGGCCUAUAAGAGGAAGGCCAGUUGUAGCCUUCGGGGAAUAGACUGGUACCCUGCAUUUGACCAGCCCUUACCAUGUUUCAGCUCUGCUCACUCAAGCACUAUGGUACCUUUGAGCCCUUCUCAUUCUAUACAAAGAGGAGUAUUGCCUAUCUUUGUUACUACCUCACGGCAUUCCUGUAAAGACUCUAGUUGGGUGCCCAUGAAAGAUAUGCUUUGGAUAAAAGGUGCUAAAUGAGCAGAGAGGGUUUUUUGUCCUGGCCAGCCUGUAAUCUACAAAACUCUUCAUAUAAACCAGGUGGGUGGCUGGUGGACAGAGAGAUGGAGAAGUGGAAGGAAAAUGUCCACAGAAUCAGAGCUGUGGACUAUGAUCCAUCAAACUGGCUUUUUUGGUGGCAGACCUGCUGAGAAGAUAUCUCCUAAGUCCUAGGGUGGCCCACUGUCAGCAGGGGGUGGUUUUGUUUCUGCUCGAGUUUGUGAACAGCACCACCCUUUGGUUCCAGUUUCCGGCCAGACUCAGCUCAGAGCCACCUGUAUACCACUAUUUGCUGUUCAUGUCUUUACACCAUUAUGGCCCCUCCCUACCAUCUUGGAGAUAGUCAGGUGUCCCCAGGGCCACAGGUGACCCAGAUCUCUCUCCUGGGCUCGGAUGGCACCAGAGCCCACCCCGCCGACUCUGCCAGUGUUUCAGGAUUAUGGUUUGGGGAGGCACACGCUGUUGAGGUCGAGGAGGCCCUACUGGUCAAGAGGUGCUUUUGGUGCCAUUGGGGCUACAUGACCACUGCUGGCUGCACAAAUCUGGAAAUAGAAAAGGGGGAAAUAGAAAGGAAGAAAUGGAGGAGAAGGGAGGAAAGAAAGCAGGUUUUGAACAUUUCCCUUGAGUCUAGCAGGGUACUUGAAAUAUCAAAUAUCAAGCAAUUCCUUAAAAUAACCCCAUGAGGUAGACGCUCUCUUUCUCAUUUUUGCAGAUGGAAAUUAUGGGGCUUAGAGAACUGAAGUAGCUCCCCCAGCACCGCCCUGCUGGAUGAGGAGCCAUGGGGGACCUGCCCAUAGCUCAUGGGACCCCAAGUGGGGAGACUGCCCUGGGGCACAGGGAGCAGCAGGCAGGGCGUGGCGGGCCAGACCGCAGAACCAAGGGUAGGGUAGGAAACUGCAGUCCCGGAAACCAAACUGGGCUCCUAGAGUUCCCGUCGUGGCUUACCCAACUCAUAUCCAUGAGGACACGAGUUCCAUCCUUGGCCUCGCUCAGUGUGUUAGGGAUCCGGUGUUGCCUUGAGCUGUGGUGUACGUCACAGACAUGGCUCGGAUCCCAUGUUGCUGUGGCUGUGGUGCAGGCUGGCAGCUGUAGCUCCGAUUAGACCCUAGCCUGGGAACUUCCAUAUGCUGCAGGAACAGCCCUAAGAAGACAAAACAAAAAACAAAAACUGGACUCCUGACCUUGGGAAGCAGCCCUCUGCUGCCUCACUGUCCCCGGGGCCCACCCGCACCUCCCCAGGGAGCCAGGAAGUUGGUGAAAGAUAAGUGCCAGCAUCUCAGAAGCUGCCAGAGCCACAGGGAAAUCACCACUAGCUCCACUUUACUUGUUGCUGAGCUGGUUGUUUACAGGCCGUUCCCUGCCCUACCUGCGUGUGCAUCUGUGCUCGUGCACGUUUGUGUGCGGGAGUUGGGGCUUAUUCGGUACAUCUGGUUGGGGGCAUUUGGCUCUAAAUGUCUCUCUCAGAAGCUGUGUCACGGACUCUUGGAGGCUGCUGACAUCUUGUGAAUCUCCAGACACUGGACUGGGAGGCCCUCCUGGUAACACUUCUGUUGUCUACAGAUAUCAUAAUUUAUUCUGCGUGUGGGUUUGUAGUUUCUGCUUGUGCUGUUUGUAAGCUGUCCAAGUGAUGCCUUAAUAAAAGAAAUGGCUCUCACGGCAA